AUGAGGAGUGCAAUAUGUGAGCAUAAGAAAGAGAAUUCAACUAUUAGCCAAAAAGAUAUGCAAGCAUGGGUGCAACAAAAGUUUGAUUUGACUAUUAGUCAAUCAACAAUAUCGAACACUCUCAAAAGGGCGUCGAAAUAUUUGUCAAAUGAGAUGAAAAAUAGCGAUGUUAAAAGGCACAAAUCGGCAAAAUACCCUGAUUUAGAGAAAGUUUUGUAUGAGUGGUUUUUUCAAAUGAAAGAUAAAGUGAACAUGUCUGAAGAAAUUAUCCAAGGAAAAGCAAGAUAUGGAAUCAAAUCUUAUCGACGUUUUGGUGAAAGUGGUUCAGUUAUCAUGGAGAACAUUGAAAAUGCUUUACCUGGAAUACGAUCAAAACUAGACCAGUUUCAGUUAAAGGAUAUUUACAAUAUGGAUGAAACUGGAUUAUUUUACCGAUGGGAAGCUGAUCAUUCACUUGCUACCAAGCAGCUCGAAGGAUGCAAAAAAGAUAAGGAGAGAAUUACUGUUGUUGUUUGUUGCAAUGGUGAUGGAUCUGACAAAGUACCAUUUUGGGUUAUUGGUAAGUAUGCAAAUCCUACAUGUUUUAAAAAUAUGAACAUGAACAAUCUUAAUUGCAAGUAUCGAUCCAACAAGAAAGCUUGGAUGACUGGCUUGCUUUUUCAAGAUUUUGUUGGUUGGUUUGAUAAGAGAAUGAAUGGCAGGAAGGUUCUCUUAAUAGUAGACAAUUGCCCAACUCAUCCAAAAGUAGUUGAAGGUUUGAGAAAUGUAUAG